AUGGCACCUCAUAUCCCCUAUCGCCUCGAUGGCAAAGUCGCUCUCGUCACCGGUUCUGGCCGGGGAAUCGGGGCCGCAAUGGCCAUCGAACUGGGCCGAUGUGGUGCAAAGGUCAUAGUGAACUAUGCUAACUCACGCCACUCCGCCGAGAAGCUGGUUGAUGAGAUAAAGGCCCUCGGAACCGAUUCAAUUGCAUUGAAGGCCAAUAUCCGCAAUGUUCCCGAGAUUGUCAAGCUCAUGGACGAGGCGGUGGCUCAUUUUGGAGGCUUGGACAUUGUUUGCAGCAACGCAGGGGUUGUUAGCUUUCAGCACCUGGGCGAUGUCACUGAGGAGGAAUUCGACCGCGUCUUCUCACUGAAUACGCGCGCCCAAUUCUUCGUUGCGAGAGAGGCCUAUCGCCAUCUGAACAACGGAGGACGGAUUGUCCUCAUGUCCUCCAACACAGCCAAGGAAUUCAGCGUCCCCCGACACGCCGUGUACUCAGGCUCCAAAGGUGCCAUUGAGUCCUUUGUCCGGGUUAUGGCGAAGGACUGCGGUCAUAAACAGAUUACUGUCAAUGCGGUGGCCCCCGGCGGCACUGUGACGGACAUGUUCAAUGAUGUGGCGCAAAACUACAUCCCCAACGGUGAGAAGUACUCUCCUGAAGAGCUCAAGCAGAUGGCAGCCCAUGCGUCGCCAUUGCUGAGGAAUGGGUAUCCGUUGGAUAUUGCGAGGGUUGUUUGUUUCCUGGCGAGUGGUGAGGCGGAGUGGGUGAAUGGGAAGAUUAUUACGGUUGACGGAGGUGCGGCAUAG